AUGCCACAGCAAUCUAGUCAUUUUGGCCGCCUGGUGGAGUUCUACGCCAAAAGGAUCGAUCAAAUAGAGAAGCAAAACACUAUCAAAGAAUUAAAACAAAAUUCCAACCAACGUGGUUCGGGACACGGAAGUGACAGUGGGAGAAACACAUCGAAGAAUCAACUUUUUCGAAGUGAGUUCAAACUGCAGAAUGCUGGCAGCACGGCCUCUGAUGAUGAUAGCGUCAUUGCAGCGACCGUCGAAGGUUUCUUACAACCACCUCCCGGUAGCAUCUAUGAUGAUCAAGGGAAAGCACUGCAGGCAGAUAGGUCGAACCUGCCUGAAAAUUAUCAGUUAGAUAUCCUGUCCAAAUUGAAACCUAUGUUACAUGGGCUAACAGAAGUUCUUGCAGGGGAGUCUGGGAUUAACGCCUGUCCGACCGACUUACCAAAGUCGCAAAGAUCGGUAUCUGCAUCAGUCACGCCUAUUAUAACGUCCAGCGGGAAAUCAAAAAGCUGUCCGGCCAUUCCCUCCUUCCAUCAGGCCUCCCUAAACGACACAGCCUGUAGAACGGCCCAUAAUACACCUGAGUGCGAGAACCAACUGUCCGCGUUUUCUGCGAGGGGGACGCCUACGGCAUACGAAGGUGUUGCCAUUGACCGCACCAAGUCACCCGAAGCAUAUGUCAUGGCAACAGAGGUAUCAAUAGUAUCGGAAGAGUGUUCAGCGGAAAUAACUGAUCCAAACCUGAUAGCAGCCAUCACACCGUUGGCAAUUGCUAUUGUGGCAAGUGCAUUAGACUUUUUGGUAUUAGAAGAUGUUGUUAAGAGCAAGCAGAGCGUUCAAGAGAAAUAUCAGCCCAGUCAAGGCCUACAGGACAGGACUCUUACACACGGCACAUCACGUCUAACUUCCACACAAGCAAAGCAGCGAUCUUUGGCCUCCCUGGGCACAACUGAAGAAAUUCUGAUCGUGGACGAUGAUUUUAGGGUGGACGAGGAGGAAGAGGAGACUCUGAAAGUUCACGGCAUCAUAGAAUGCUCUAAGACAGAUGCUGCACUCACCGGGGCCAUCUCUAUGCCCAGGCCGAAGGGAGUUGGCGGUGCACAGUUCAACCAGGGCUGGCUGCAGGAUAUUGGAUUUGAUGAAGACAGCACAAUAGGUGGCCUGGACUGCUCCUGGUCAACCCUCGAAUCGAUAGGCAUAAUCUCCCUCACGACAAGACACAGUACAGCCCCUGUGACCACGAUGAGCAGGGGGACCAAUGACGAUUCGCUAUUGAUUCAAGUAGAGCCGGCGUUGAGAAAUUCGACCGAACACCUUAACAGGCCAACUGGCACGUCGGGGAGACUGCUCGGACAAACAGCAGGGUGCGUUGUAAAUCCUUCAGCAGGCGCACAGGCUUCCAGCGUUGUCCGGUCUGACGAUAUUCUCUUCAACACUCUAAUAGGUACUGGCAAGGAGAGUUCCCCUGUCAAUUUGGCAUAUAGCCUAAACUUCGGCGUGCCAGGCAGCUACAUGUCCCUACAGCAGAGCCCAACUGGGGCUCCAGUAAAGUACUCUCUAGACUCUGCUCCAGCUUCUAUUACGAGGGCAACCCAGCAGGAGGUAAAUGUGGAGGCUCUUGGCAUUCCAACCAGGAGCAUGAUAAGCCAUGGCGAUGCUGCCAGGAGAAACUACGAAGUCUCGGCGCAAGUGACGACAGAUUUUCGCAGCACAAACGGUCAGACGGAGGUGGUAUCUCUGACUUACAAUCAGGAGCCUAUGCAAACCUACAGCGACGUAUACUAUCCACCCAGGGAUACGGUGGAAGAAGUGAGAGAAGCCCAACAGCCCUUGGCCAACCUUUUAAUGCCGCCUAUUACACCAGACCAUCCAGAACUCAGGCCCUAUCUUGAUCGGGCCAAUACGAUAUAUUAUGAUGUUCCAACGAUGGAUUCCACUGCAGAAGACAGCACCAAUGUAUAUGUCAUACAACCGAAUGAUCCCCGGAACAACAAGCUGUCUGUA